CCUUCUCCUCCUCCCGCAUCCCCCCUCUCGCCGCCGCGUUCUCGUCGUCGCCGGUGGCCGCCGCCUCGCUGCUCCCCCGCCCCCCUCCCCCGCCCGCCCGCGGCGCUGGACCUGUUCCGACUACUAGAGAGGGCCAUCGCGUCCUCCUCGAUCCUCCACUGCCCCUAGUUUUGGCCGCUCGGUCCUCCGGUCCUCCCAGAGUCGUCUCCGGUGGUCCCCCGAGUUCAAGUGGCAGCGGCGGCGGCGGCGGCGGCCGUAUAGACUUCGUCCACGAGCACUUCGCAAGGUGGGAGAGUUCUCUUCGUACUUGUAAACAUGUUGGAGAAGAUCGGAUUGCCGCCAAAGCCAUCUAUGCGAGGGGCUAGCUGGGUGGUGGACGCAACCCACUGCCAGGGUUGCUCUGUUCAAUUCUCCUUGUUCACUAGGAAGCAUCAUUGCCAAAGAUGUGGAGGUUUGUUCUGCAGCAACUGUACCCAGCAGAGGAUGGUUUUACGUGGACAGGGUGAUUCACCUGUUCGAAUUUGUGAUCCUUGCAAAAAGCUUGAAGAAGCAGCACGUUACGAGCUGAGAUAUGGACACAAAAACAGAGCUUCAAAAGCUAAUGCUAAAGCAGCUUCUAACCCAGAGGAUGAUGUUCUUAGUGAAAUUCUUGGAGGGGAUGGAAUGCAGACCAAGUUUUCUCGCAGGGAGUCCCUGGAUCCUGAGCUUCCUGGCGCCUCUAGUUCUAGUUCCAGUUCCAGAAGAACUUCUGGUGCUUUCAGUAUGGAUGGUAAUGGAGGUGAGAGCCUCUCUAUUGAAGCACAAAAUUAUGAACUCAACAAUACUGGAUCAAUUUUUACCCCAGAGGAAUUGCGCCAGCAAGCAGUAGAAGAGAAAAAAAAGUACAAAACUCUGAAGUCUGAAGGUAAACCUGAGGAAGCACUUCGGGCUUUCAAGCAUGGUAAAGAGCUUGAGAGGCAAGCCGCCGCACUGGGGUUAGAAUUGAGAAAGAACAGGAGAAUGGCUACAAAAGCUCCCAGUGUAAGUGCUGUGGUUAGUACCAAGAAUCUGGAGGGUUCUGAUGAGGCUGAAUCGAAAAAGUCUUUGCCUGGGAAAAGGGUUAGGAAAGAAAAGAAUGAUCUUGCCUCUGAACUUAAAGAUUUAGGCUGGUCAGAUGCAGAUCUUCAUGAUGAAACAAGAACAACUGCUAUGAGUGUGGAAGGAGAGUUGUCACAGAUUCUUAGAGAGGUAACACCAAAAUCAUCAGAGGGCAACAAAACCAGUAGUAUAGACAAGUCUCAGGUUAAUGCUCUGAAAAGACAGGCCCUGUUGCUGAAAAGAGAAGGUAAACUUGCUGAAGCAAAGGAAGAGCUGAAGAAGGCUAAAAUUUUGGAAAGACAACUAGAAGAGCAGGAGAUUCUGGGUGAAGCAGACGAGUCUGAUGAUGAUUUGGCUGCACUUAUUCGUAACAUGGACGAUGGCAAUCAGGAUGACAUUCUUUUGGACAAUCCAAGAUUCCCUGAUUUUAAUUUUGAAAAACUACUGGGCACCUCUGAUGAUCUUCUCAUCGAUGGCAACUUUGAUAUUACAGAUGAUGACAUGAAUGACCCAGAUAUGACUGCUGCACUAAAAUCAUUUGGCUGGAGUGAAGAGGACGAGAUACAAAUGGAAGGUCAUGGUCCUGUUUCUUCUUUGAAUCAAGAGGCAUUAAAGGAGCAAGUGCUUGCUCUUAAAAGAGAGGCUAUUGCACAGAAGAAGGCUGGUAAUGUUGCAGAGGCCAUGUCAUUGCUUAGGAAGGCAAAGCUCCUCGAGAAGGAUUUGGAAACUGAACAAUCAGAAUCAAAAGUUCCUUCCCCACAAGGACACAGGAGCACACGCACUGAAGAUAUCACAGUCGCAGAGAUGAAUACCCGGCCUGUGUCAGCACCAAAAUCUAAGCUUGCAAUUCAGAGAGAACUGCUGGCCUUGAAAAAGAAGGCACUAGCGUUGAGAAGGGAAGGAAAGGUGGAUGAGGCUGAGGAAGAGUUAAAGAAAGGCAGUGUUCUUGAGAAGCAACUUGAAGACCUUGAAAAUUCUUCUGCGAGACCUGUGGUCAAGGAAAAUAGGAACUUUGGGUCAACUCCCCCAUAUAAGGUUGAACCUCCAACUCUGGAUCUUGCUGAUGAAGGGUAUGAACCUGAGGUAACUGACAAUGACAUGCAGGAUCCAGCAUUGUUAUCUGUGCUGAAAAAUAUGGGAUGGGAAGAUGAGGAUGCUGACACUGCGAGCAUAAUUAAUAUGCCAUCAAAUAGUUCACGUAUAGUUUCUCAAAAACCAACAAAGAGCAAGGGUCAGAUUCAGAAGGAAUUACUUGCUAUAAAAAGGAAAGCUCUUGCAUUCAGACGGGAAGGAAAGAACACAGAAGCUGAGGAGGAACUUGAGAAGGCAAAGGUCUUGGAGCAGCAACUGUCAGAGAUGGAAGAGUCAGUUAACUUGACUGCUAGUCAACAAAGUGCAAGGUCUGCUGGACAAAUUAGGGGAAAUAAGUCUGGUGCUCUACUUGAUCCUGCCUCCAGUCCUGAUACUAGUGCACACCUGCCUAAACUAAGAAAUGCAACGGAGGGAGUUAUUUCGUUGCCAGUGCAUGCUGCUGAACUUGCUGCAUCUCUGGAUGCUCAAGCUAGUUCCCAAAGCAUACCACCGACCGAACUAAUCAUUCCUAAACCAGAUCAUGCAUCAAAAGUUCAUUCUGAAGGAACACGUUCAACCUUGUCCCGGCCAUCCUUUACUGAUCCGCUGGUAACAGCAGAAAGAUUGCAUUCACCUUCUGAUGUACAUGAUCAUAAAGAACCUCAGAUUCCGCACGGACAUGACACUCUCAAAGAUGAAAUCUUACAUCAUAAGAGAAAAGCAGUUGCUUUUAAGAGGGAAGGUAAAAUGGCAGAAGCUAGAGAAGAAUUGAAACAGGCAAAACUCUUAGAAAAACGUCUUGAAGUCUCUCAAGAGAACAGUGCAAAUGGUAGGGAUGAAUCAAUGAAACCCGUUGUGCAAGAGACCAACUUGAUCCAACAAUCUGCCAGUGCCAAGAGCUGUACCGAUGACAUUUCCUCUGCCCCUCCAGCACAAGAAAUAAAGCCAGUUCAGCCUCCGAAAGCAUUGUCUAGUCGAGACCGUCUCAAAAUCCAACGUGAAUCCCUUGCUCACAAACGCAAUGCGCUCAAGUUGCGGAGAGAAGGAAAGACCGCAGAAGCAGAUGCGGAAUUCGAGUUGGCUAAGUCACUGGAGAGCCAACUGGAAGAAUCAGAAAGCCAGGUUUCUGGAGGCAAGUCGUCUGACGCAAACGAUGCAGCUGUGGAGGAUCUUCUUGAUCCGCAGAUCAUGUCUGCCUUAAAAUCGAUUGGUUGGAGUGAUGCUGAUCUGUCCGCGCAAUCUUCUAACGCACAGCCUUCAAAGAAAGCUGAGGCAAAGCCAACUGUGGCAGCUACAACCAAGCCUCAGAGUGAGAAGACCCAGCUUGAGGAACAUAUUAAGGCUGAGAAACUGAAGGCUCUAAACUUGAAGCGUGAAGGGAAACAGACAGAGGCUCUGGAGGCCCUCCGAUCAGCAAAGCGGCUGGAGAAGAAGUUGGCAUCACUUGCCUAAUAAGUUGUCCAAAAGCUCGUCUUCAUAAUCGUUUGAUAACUUCUGAAGACUGAUGUUUCAGUUAGAAAAAAGCACAAUCGGCAGAGGAGGAGGGGGGGGGGGGGGUUGGGUUGGAAGCAGAUAGGCUCAAGACUUGUGAGCCGUGAGGACGCUCUUCAAGGUCAUUUUCUGUAUAUACAAAUAAAUGCUGAUGACCAAUGAUUCUUUUCACGGAUAGGAGUGCAGAGUGCAGUGAUACGUGCAUUCAUUCAUUGUAAGAAAUAUUGUAUCUUCUGAACAUUAUUUAGUUCACCUGACAGUGGAUUUCAUUUGCAUUCGGUAUCUUGAAUUCUUCAUGUCCCAUACUUCAACCUGCCGAUUCUGUCUGAGAUCAACGCAUGCUCAGGAGGAUAGUACUAUAGUUUUGAGUAAUUUGUCUGUAAGUUACUGUAUUUGUUUGUACUAUUAAUGGAGCAUCGCAUUUCUGUGGCGACGUGACAGGAUCACAGGAUAAUUAACAAAGCUGUCAGAGGUUCUAUUUC